AUCCAUAUCAUUUCCACUAUUUAUUGUACAAACAAAAAAUAUCAAUCUUUAAAUGGUAAGUCAGUGAAAAAUAUGAUACCCCUUUUUUGAAAUCAAAGGAUUUUCACAGGAUCUUGAUUCCCACUUUUUGUCUUUAUGUAUGAGUCUCUUUGCAGCUGUUGAAGCAGAAAUCUGUUUUGAAAGUAUGGUGGUUGGUCAAAGACAAAUCUUGGAUCCCUUUUGGGUAUGAACUGAAGAUUUAGGGUUUUCUACAUGUAUUUGGUGUGGAAAGGUGAUUGCUUUUUGGGUCAAAUUUAUUUGAUGAAGUGAGUAUUAGGGGAUUUUUAUAAAUGGUUUUGGUGUAGAAAGGUGAUUGCUUUUUUGGGUAUGAACUGAGGAUUUGGGGUUUUGUAUGAAUAGAUUUGGUGUGGAAAUGUGAUUGCUUUUUGGGUUAAAUUUAUUUGAUGAAGUGAGGAUUUGGGGUUUUCUAUGAAUGGUUUUGGUGUAGAAAGGUGAUUGCUUUUUUGGGUUUGCUGAAUCUUGGACAAUGGCGGUUCCAUGGAGUACAACACUAUGGAUUGCUAAGAUGGUGUGGAUGGCAUUGAGUGGUUGGGUAGUCGCUUGCUUGACUAUUGCAGAUGAGGUUGCUGCCUCUUUUCGAACUGGUGAUAUUGGUCCUUUUCAUGUUGGUUGAGUUAUACUGUACAGAAACAUCAUCUUCUCCUUUGUUUGUGAAUUGUUGCUUGCUUCUUACAUAUUUUGUAAAUUUAUGGAUAAAUAUUGUUUACAGUGGUUUGAUAGAGCUGAAGCUUCAAAUAGCAAUGUCUUUAGUACUUUAUCUGCAAAUAUUUCUGUUUUGGCAGCAAAAUGAUUCAGUUCUUGAUGA